AUGUACUUUCUGGCCAGGACGUGCUUCAUUUCGAGCAGCUUGGCACAGGAACUGGUUGGAAUCUUUUUCGUUUCGAAGCUCCUUCGUGUCUGGUACGUCAAUGACCCAUCCGCCUUUCAAUACUUCGGACAACAGCGGCUUAGCUCACCCAGUCCAUUUCAGUGCGUUCUUUUGGCAACAGUUUCAACCGCCUACAAUGUGGUCCUUCACGGCGUCUACAGCUACUAUUCAUUGCGAAUGAAGCUGAGACGCAGGCGAACGUUCGACCACCGGAUGUUUCGGAACCUCUAUCUUGCUACUAAUUACCUCGUUUUGAGCAGUAUUGUGGGCUGUUUGACAUGUUGGAUAGGUUCCAUGCGCUGGCGGAAGGCCUUUGAGCACACCGUUGGUCGAGUUAUGCAGUGCACAGCCAGUGGCAGCUGUUCUGAGCAGGAGGACAUUGAGACCCCCUGGAUAGGAAUUUCUGACCUCUAUGAGCUCUGGCGUCCCUGUCUGCGCAACCUUUACGUCCGACAGAAUUGCACCACAGGCCGUAUUAAAACCAUCUUGCUGGCCUUCAAGACUCACCAAGAUGGCUUCCUAAACUGUAUGUUUGAGAUCUAUCAGCUCGAAUUUGUCAGUUGGAUGGGUAAUUACGCUCUUAACAGUCUUGUAUGUUUGCAUUUUCACGCAACGCAUCUAGCCUUCCUCGGUUUGUGGCGUGCUGCGGCCAUUAGCGCACAGAAAAAGCGACUUGGUGCAACCGGUGUCCACAGCGAUGCCUACAUGAAUCUGCACCCGGCUUCACUACCACAGCACCUGGAUAGCAACAAAUCCCUUAUAGAAGACUACAUGUGGGAUCUGUUUAAUCGGUUACAUGUUCAACACCGAGAGGUUGGAGCAACGACAGUGAACGGACCGGAGGUCAGUAAAGGCGGAUUCCGAACGCUACAGUCCCGAGGGAUUGCCAGCUGGACAGACCCCUCGGGUACCUACUCAGAAGGGUAUCCACGCGCGGGGUCCGUCCCACUGGUUACCAGGGAAUCUACAGAUAGCGAAUUCUUCCGGAUGCUGCGUCAGAGGAGUGCAAGUGAUACUUGCGCCAUGAGUGGUAGUUUUUGA